AUGUAUCCAUCCGCCCACCAUGCCCAGAUGCCGCCGCCCCAGGCACGCUCCGUCGCGCCCGAGACCUUCUUACUCGAUCAGGACGCCCAGCAGAGCCUUCCCCCAGACUCGGUCGUUGCCCUGCAGCAGGUCGACAACCUCAAGUACUUUCUCAUUUCUGCUCCUGUAGACUGGCAACCCGACCAGUACAUCCGCCGCUUCUUGCUCCCCACUGGCGAGUACGUCUCGUGCGUUCUCUGGAACAACCUCUUCCACAUUUCCGGUACCGACAUUGUAAGAUGUCUGUCCUUCAGAUUCCAGGCUUUUGGCCGCCCCGUCAAGAACUCGAAAAAGUUCGAAGAGGGCAUCUUCUCAGAUCUGCGCAACCUCAAGUCCGGCACAGACGCCUCCCUUGAGGAGCCAAAGAGCGCAUUCCUCGACUUUCUCUACAAGAACAACUGCAUCCGCACCCAAAAGAAGCAAAAGGUCUUUUACUGGUACAGCGUGCCCCACGACCGCCUCUUCCUCGAUGCUCUUGAGCGCGACCUGAAGCGCGAGAAGAUGGGCCAAGAGGCCACCACCAUGGCCGUCAGCGAGCCCGCUCUUUCCUUUGAGUUUGAUUCAUCACAGUCGCUUUUCGAGCAGCUCACCAAGGCUCAACAAACAAACUCUUCUUCUUUCAACAACAACGUUCAGCCAUCGUACCCCACCACAUCGCCCGACAUGCGCAGCAUGGAAUCCAUGCCCCCGCCAACAAUGGUGCCCGUCCAGCAGUCGAUGCCCUCGAUGCAGCAGCCAAUGCACGCCGAGGACCCAAUGGCCCACUACCACCAGCAAAUGUCAAUGCCUCCUUCAAUGCCAAACAACAUUGUAAAGAGCAGAGAGCAACGCGAGAUGAGCCAGUCUUUCCAGUACGACCGCAACGGCAUUCCCUUGUCGCAGAUUCACCAACGGCACAGCUCCAUGCCCGCAUACAUGGAGUACUCGCCCGCGCCUUCCUUUGUCUCUUCUCACUACGAGGACUACAGCACUCGCGGCAUGUCCUUUGAGCCAUUGACCCCUCCUCAACACCAGAUUGGCCUUGGUGCCGAGCCCGCAUACAUUGCCAACGAGGACACUGGCCUCUACAGUGCCAUCCCAGACCUUCCAGCCCCCAACACCUUCAACCCACUGAUGAACCUUCCCCCAUCGAACCUGAUGGGCCCUGGUUAUCCCGGUGUUUCAAGGCCGUUUGCUCCAGGCAACGUCUACUCGGUCAUCGAGGGCUCGCCUACCUACAAGCAACGGAGAAGGCGCUCUUCCCUGUCUGCUGGCAUUGCUGCCGCCGUCACUGCUUCCGGUGCCGGUGCCCACCAAGUCCACCGCCCCAGUGACUUGAGGCGGUCAAUGUCCAGCUCGGUUGUUCCCCUAGCUGAGGUCGACGAGAGCACACACAACUCGCCCAACAGUGCAAACGGCGCAAGCUAUGCUCCUGCUCCUCAGAUGCCAGAGUCUAAGCCAGCCUUUGACAUGUCUCGUCAAGGAACCCCGCUCAACACUGUCGAGGAGGACCCUGAGCCCCAGUCGGCUCCUCUGCAGCACGACGACCUCAACAACCUGGUCAACGGUGAGCUGUUUGAGAGCCCUCUGCAGCACAGCGCUAUCGCUCGUACCGCCGGCACUGGCGGCCCCAUCUACAGGCGCGCCCGAAGUGCCACCAUGAUGGAGAUUGGCCCGUACCCACAAAAGUCGCACUCGUGCCCGAUCCCCACAUGUGGUCGUCUCUUCAAGAGAUUAGAACACCUCAAGAGGCACGUGCGUACCCACACUCAAGAACGACCAUACGUUUGCCCGUUGUGCAACAAGGCUUUCUCACGCUCAGACAACCUUGCCCAACAUCGUCGCACACAUGAGCCCCGCGCUGACGGCGAGCCGCUGAGCGAUUACCAGGACGAAGACCUGGAAGGUGAGGAUGACCACCUUCAGUCGCUCGAGGACGAUCUGUCGCCUGAAUCUGGCAACGACUACCUCUCCGGCCUGUCUCACUCAAUCAACGACAUUCCUGAUCCCGGCCUUGGCAUGACCAUGGCGCCGCCACAACAUGGCUUGAUGGCGGGCAGCCACUACUGA